AUGAAGGUGUCCACCAAGGAGCAGCAGCAGCAGCAGAGGGCGGCGGCGGAGGAGGAGGCCAUGGACUUGAGCGCCGGCGGGCCGGGGGAGGAGGAGGAGGAGGCGGCGCGCCCCUCCGGCGCCGGCGAGGGGGGCACGGUGGUGGUGGGCGUGCGGGCGGACGCCGAGAGCCGGGCGCUGCUCACGUGGGCCUUCGUCAAUGCCGUCGCCGCCGGGGACCGGGUCGUGGCCGUCCACGUCGUGCUCGCCUCCGCGGCCGAGGCCGCCGCCGCCGUGGACUUCGACGGCAUGCUCGCCGUCUACGAGGGAUUCUGCAAUCUCAAGCGGAUCAAUCUGAAGGUGAAGAUUUGCAAGGGCUCGUCGGUCCGCAAGGCGCUGGUUCGCGAGGCCACCCUGUUCGGGGCCUCCAAGCUUGUCCUGGGCAUCACCAAGAGGAAGCGCACCAUCGGGUCCUCGCUGUCGGUUGCCAAGUACUGCGCGAAGAAGCUGCCGGCAAAGUGCGCGGUGCUCGCCGUCAAUGGCGGCAAGAUCGUCUACCGUAGAGAAUCGAAUGCUCACUCCGGCAAGGUGUCGGCGGAUGUUCCUGGCUGUGGUGAUGAUGAGAUGUACUGUGUGCUGCCGUUCGGUGCCAGUCAGCAGGGUAAAGAAGAGAGCGAGUUGCCUUGUGAUGAACCGAGCAAAGAUGGCGACGCCGCCGACGAAGAACAGCAUGAUGUUGGUGCAAAGGGCAGUCAGCCAGAGGAAGAACAUCAGCCAUCGAGUGUGAAACCUGCUGAGAUGUCCACGGCGGAACAGGUUCAGACUGAAGCAGAUCCUUCUGACAGGAACAAAGAGUCAACAAUGGACCAGAAAGAUGUGGUCGCCGAUCUACCAGGCGAGGGUGCCAGUGUGCUGUACUGUGUGUUGCCGGAAAGGAGUGACCAUUCAGUUGCAAGUACUUCGAGUCGGCAAGAAAUUGACUCGACUGAGCCACCAGCCGAAGGGGAUGGCGAUCUGUUUUGCUUAUUGCCCCCGAGGAAUGGAAAUUCAGGCAGGAGCAGCAAUGAUUCUAAGCGUUCGAGUUCAGGCCACAAAGAUGAUGGGGAUCUGUUCUGCCGGCUGUCAAAGAAUGGUGGACAUUCAGGUGGGAGUUCUGGGGGAUCCAAGCGCUCUGUUGGUGUAAGAAGUGUGUUUAGGGCCAUCAGGCGGAGCAGUAGUUUCUCCAGUGAUAUUCCAUUGAGCUUUGAAACAUCUGCUGAUAAGAGAGAUGGCUCGGUUUCCAUGGGUGCCACCGAACGUUCUUCUUCCGCAGUAUCUACAGAACCUGAGGAUUUGCAAAAGGAAACCCCUACUAGUUCUCCAAUGUCUCUGAGAAGGCUGAUCGAAGGAAGGUCUGACCGCUGCCGCCUGCGAAGGAGAAUCUUCCACCAUGAAAGAACCUCAUCUUUUGAGUGGGCCAAAGUGUCCAUGGUUCAAUGGGCGAUGAGGCUCCCAAGCCGUUACAGUUCUGUGCACCCGGACAACAAAUCCUUGAAAUCUGAUACAAGUCCGAGGUUGCGUGGUGAUUCAGAAUGUGAUUCCACUUCCACUGCUGAGCCAGAAUCUAUAUUUUCUUUCUCUUUGUAUGAUGUGGCAUGGCCUCCCAGUGAACUGGGAUCUCUUCAAGAAGAGUAUUCUUCAGUAUGUAGGCUGUUUAGUUAUGAGGAGCUGAAACUUGCUACAUCAAACUUCUCACCAGAUAUGUUGAUUGGGAAGGGAGGAACUAGCCACGUUUACAAGGCACAAUUAAAUGAUGGCACCUUGUAUGCUGCAAAGAUUCUGAAACCUUCAGUUGAUGCACUUCAGGAGUUUAUUACGGAAAUUGAGACUGUAACCAGCUUGCAAAAUGAGAAUAUUGUCUCACUAAGGGGAUUCAGCUUUGAUAACUACUUCCUUGUGUUGGUGUACGAUUACAUGCACCAGGGAAGCUUAGACAAAGCGCUUCAUGGCAAGUGUGAGCAUAGCCUUAGCUGGGAAAAGAGAAAUAAGAUAGCAAUUCACAUUGCAAAGGCGCUUGAAUUUUUGCAUCAUGGUGGUGUCACCGAGUCUGUGAUUCACGGAGAUGUUAAAUCUGCAAACAUCCUCCUCUCAGAGGAUUUUGAGGCCCAGCUGUGUGAUUUUGGGUUGGCAAAGAAAGUUUCAGCUUCAACCCCUCACCUAACAUGCACUGACAUCACAGGAACUUUUGGGUACAUGGCACCUGAAUAUUUUUCGCACGGGAAGGUGAACAAGAAAAUCGAUGUGUAUGCAUUUGGGGUUGUGCUGCUGGAGAUAAUUUCAGGGAGAAAACCCAUUAUAACAGGAUGUGCGAAGGGCCAGGAAAGCCUGGUUGGAUGGGCAAGGCCACUACUUUCAAGUGGGGAGAUCAAGCAGCUGGUGGAUUCGGCUCUGGGCAACGACUAUGACUGUGACGAGAUGGAGAGGAUGACGCUCGCCGCCUCGCUGUGCACGAGGACGUCUUCUGAUUCCAGACCUGAAAUGCCGCUAGUGCUGAAGCUGCUGGAGGGGGACGAUGAGACAGUCCAAUGGGCGAGGUCGCAGAUGUGCGCAGGCUCGGACGUGUCGGACGAGGAGGCGAUGACCCCGCGCUCAAACAUGCAGUCCCAUCUGAACAUGGCGCUGCUGGGCGUGGAUGAGGAGGAGGACACGCUGUCGCGGUGCAGCACGGAGCGGACCGCCGACACCUCGGCGGACGGCGGGUACUGGAGCCGGUCCUCGAGCUUCGACUAG